AAAGUGACAACAGGAAAUUUUCUUCAGCCGCGCCGUGGAUUGCAAUAUUUCCUGACCAUGGAUCCUUGUGGUGGCUUACUGAGCAAGCUGAAGGAUCUGCAUCCUGACUUGUGCGUGUACUUCCUGCAGAAUUACUUCGAGAAUGAGAAGUCCUCUCUGGGCUCUUUCCACACAAUCCCCACGACUCUGCUGAGGGACGAGCAGACGUACUCAAAGGGUCUCCUGGUGCUCAACACAUUCCUGGACUACUGCACUGCCGAGGAUCUCAACAAGGCCGGUGCUUUGUGGCUCACGCCGCUCAUGAAGCACAUUUCACUGGACGUAUCGAAUCAAGUGUCGAACUCCUGCUCAGUUGAGCUGUCCUACAAUCUGCUGGGGAAGAUUAUCGUCAAGUCCAGCGAUGCGAAGGAACUGAUGAAAGCCAUUGGGAUCACUUAUCUCUCGCGUCUUGUCAUGAAUCUUGUGGAUGCGCCGAAGAAUUGCCACUUGUCAGCGCUUCUCUGUCUCCAGACGUGUUUGACUCACUACGGCGGCCAGUGCAGUCCUCUCCAGGGUCGCAUUGAACGAUUCAUCCUUGCAUUUGUCGACACUGAGGAUGACAGACUUGCCCUGGAAGCGGGAAAAUGUCUUUUGCUGAUGCAGCAAUUGUCUGGCGGCGGAGUUCAAGGUGUCAAUCACCACAAAGCUUGGGGAAGGCUUCAGAAUCGACUCCUGGUCAGCCUCUAUGACACUCUGUCUGCCAUCUUUGGCAGCAAUGUGGCUGCAAGAGAGACGGCUGAGGCAACAGAUGACAGUCUCACUCUGCCGGAGAUCGACAUGAGCGCUGGUCCACUGAAGAGGAUUAUGAACUUGAUUCAGAGAUUCAAGAAUCUCACCACCUUCUUCAGCGUGGCUCUUGUUGGCGGCUACAAGACGAGGAAACCUGUGCAGCCGGUGAAGAUUCUGAAGCUCAUCUCGAACACUGUGGAAACACUCGGCAACACAGCGAGGAAUAAUCUGACUCUGGAGGACGUGGUCACUGUGCACCUUCUGCCGUUGAUGCACGAAAGUGUGCUGGAUUUGCUGAAGGCGCUUAUUGGAAUAUUGCGUGGAAACAUGGUGCUUUUCAGCAGGAGCGUUUGCUCAAUUUUGCUGUCGUCGCUGAAAUGUGCAGCCAAAUCAACUUCUCUCCGCAUUGCCACUUAUCAGCUCUUUGUCUUCUGGUGCAAGACUGUCAACACUUCCAGUUGUGUUGAAGACAUCUCUGAAGUAUUCUUCACGUCAAUAGUGCGCGACACGAAGCCAUUCGUUGUCAAAGUGCAGCUUCAGGUGAACGGAACGGGCGCCAAGAGCAAAUCCAAGAGGCUCAAGAGGAAGCUUGGCGAGGACACGGUCAAGGAUGAUGGCGAAGAAGACUGCGAGAGGCACUUGAAUGAUGAGAAAUACGAGCAACUGUGCUGCGAGGCUCUGACUUGCCUGCGCCAAUUGAUCAGAUGUAGCUCGUGUUCCAUCAAGCUCGACCAGAUGAAGCUCAUCUAUGAUCACGCGAUGGCGCUUAUUGUGCAGAAUGUGGAGAUCGACCCGAAGAAGCGUCCUCUGUACGCCAACAGGGAGUGUCGCAAGUGUCUCUUCCUGCUCCUGAAGGAGCUUCUGGUCACUGCCUUCGUCAUCACUCUGCCGCAGAGUCAAUUCCUCGUUCACGUGUUCAGUCAGGCUCAACAUUCGGAGACUUGGCAUGAAAACAGGGCGCUUUGCACAGAGAUUCUCGGGGAUCUGGACAAAAUGAUCCAUCCGCAGAAGUUGGAGUUCCAGUUUCCUCUCAAGGAAGAGGUUCAGCCCAUGAAAUUGGCCACUGCCGAUGCCAAGGAGGAUGAUUCGAUGGUUAUCAGUGAUGAGGAAGAGAGAGAAGAAAUUGAGGAAGUAGCAAAACCUGAAGAAAAAAUCCCUUCUCCAGAUGUUGAGAAGCUUGUUCAGAAGUCUGCAAACGUCGAUGUGAUCGAGAGCGAGGCGAAAGCAAUAGAAGUGGAGAGUUAUGUACCAGAGGAGCAACAGAAGGUGGAGGAAAAGGGUGGUAUUUUAAAGGAGCAACGCGAAACCACACAGGAUAUCAUCUUGGAGAUAAAUUCAAACGACAGCGAUGAAGUGCAGGAGUUGUCGGACGAAGAGAUCGUCUUCACGCCAGUCGAAGUGGUCCAGAAGAGCCCCAGUGUCAAGACCAAUGCGGAUUCUUCCCGAGCGAAGAGGAAGAAGAUGGAUUUGCUGCUCAUGUCGUCAGAUGACGAGGACACCGAUGACUACACACACUUGAUGGGCGAUUUUACAGACGAUGUUCACCCCUAAACUUUGUAAUUUUCUAAGUAGCCAGUGAACUAAUAAAAGAAACAAAGCACUGAAAAAACGACAUAA